CAGGGAAUCUCAUCACCCAUCUGUCCUAGCAACUCUUAUCGAUCGUUGCGUCACUGAAGGAAAUGUCUCUCCGUGGGACUGCCGCGCUCCUGCUGUUCCUCGCGUGUCUUUCACAGCUCACCUUCGCUGCUGACAGCAUUAGAGGAGCGAGAAAGAAAGGAAGGAGGCUGGAGAGCCGAGGUGAUAAGAACAUUUCCGUACUCAAAGGGUUUUUUAAAACCAAGAGCAAGGCGCAGUGCUUGUGGGAGGCGCGCGGAGAGGACAACUACACCAUGACUGUUACAUGUAAGCGUGGAGACGAGGAUGGAUUCAGCUGUAAAUACACUGCCAAGCCCGCGACGUGCACCGAAUAUGGGUCUAAUCUCUUGGGUUAUUGGCACCAGAUCACUAAAUCGCUUAGAAGGCAGAAGAAACUUUGCGCGGAUCCGCGCGCACUGAUCCGCGCCGGCAUGUGCAAGCGUGCGCCGCUGGACGCGCAUUUCAAACUCAUCGAAACGUCACAAGAGAAACCCCCCACAGAGAAAACACAGACAACCACGAACACAACGCGCCAGUGCACGGAGCGCACUGACCACAGCGAGGUCGCCAAAGAGAUGUGCGGAGAUUCCUGGGCGAGUCUCUGCGCGUUUGUCUUUACUAUAAUCCAGAGCGGAGACUGCUGAGCAUGUGUAUCAUAAACGUUUCUCGGUACUUUUGUUAUUGGACACGUCUGAGAGUUCUGUUUAAGGUGUAAAACAUCACGUAUUUUAUUGUAAACACAGAAAAAUGCACUGUUCUCAUUCUGACAUUUGGGAAGGUGAAUCAAGAUGCCAAGAUGGAGUAUUCGUUCCCACCACUUUAGGAGUAGUUUUUGACUUGACCGUAGUGGCACAAAAUUUAAUCUUAAAACAUUUAUUCAAUGCGUAUACAGUUUUUAAUGUUGGCAUUUCAUUGGAGAAUAGUGAGAUGUCUCUUUAUAUUAUGUUGGAUAUUAAAACUUUUUAUUUAUAUUUAUUAAAAGGGCAUUUGAGGGAUUUAGGCAAAGUAAAUAUGAUGUUUUUACUUUGAAGUGAAAAGUUUCAGUAGACCCUUAGGGUACGAUGACCCCCUCAGGGACUGAAGGACCCCAGUGGCUUUUUGUUGUUAGUAUAAAUUUCAUGAUUAUCAUAAAUCAGUUGUUUUAUAUAUAAUUCAAUGAGUUUGAUUUUAACAAGGGGCAUGAUAGGCCCUUUAAAUAAUUUUAAAUUUUGUGCUUUAACAGCUAAAUUAUUUCUAAUAAUAAUAAUAAAUUGGAUGAUGCUUCAUCCUCACUAUCAUCUUCAUAAUCAUCUCGUUUUGAUAUCCAUGUUAAACG